UCUCCUCCUCCUCCUCCUCCUUCAGUCCGAGAGCAGAGCUGGGCCGGGAGGGCCGCCCAGCCGGGCUGGCGGCAGUGGCGGGAGGAGGAGGAGGGAGGCGAACAAGAUGGCGACGCCGCUGCUGUCCCUCUCGGAGGGGGAAGGCGCCCGCGCUCGGCGGAGGGAGCAGCUCCGAGCCUGGGCUGAGGCCGAAGCUGAGGCAACAACGGUGGAGAAUGCUACUGCGAGUGCUGCUCUUGGCCCGGCCCCGCCUCCUCCUCCUCCUCUUCCCGCCGGCUCCAAGGCCUCUCCUGAAGCGGGUUCCCAGCAGCAGCAGCGGCGGCGGGCCAGAGCGGUGCGCUUCGAGGCGGCGGCCGAGUUCUUGGCGUGUUGCGCCGGGGCCGAGCUGGAGGCGGCGAGGGAGAUGCUGGGCGCAGACCCCGGGGCCGUCAACGGGACCAACGCGGAUGGCAUCAGCGCCCUCCACCAGGCCUGCAUCGAUGAAAACAUGGAGGUGGUUGAAUUUUUGGUGGCAAAUGGAGCUGAUGUGAACCAGGCUGACAAUGAGGGCUGGACUCCGCUGCAUGUUGCUGCAUCCUGCGGCUACAUUGAAAUCGCACAAUACCUCUUGGACCACGGUGCCAACAUUGCUGCAGUGAACAGUGAUGGUGAUGUGCCAUUGGACAUUGCUGAGGCUGACAACAUGGAGGCCUUGCUGCGUUCGGAGAUUGGGAAGAGAGGGGUAGAUGUAGAAGUAGCCAAGCGAGAGGAGGAGGAAAUCAUGCUUCGUGAUGCUCGUCAAUGGCUGAAUGCUGGCAAAAUAUCUGACGAGUCACACCCCAAAACCGGAGCCACUGCCCUACAUGUGGCAGCUGCCAAAGGCUACAUUGAGGUUAUGAGGCUGCUCUUACAAGCUGGCUAUGAGCCCAAUGUGCGGGACAAAGAUGGCUGGGCUCCCUUGCAUGCGGCAGCCCACUGGGGAGUGGAAGAGGCCUGCCGCCUUUUGGCUGAGCACUUUUGUGAUAUGGAGGCCCUCAACAAUGUGGGCCAGCGUCCCUGUGAUCUUGCAGAUGAAGAUACUUUGGCUUUGCUUGAGGAGCUGCAGCGUAAGCAAAAUGAUCUGCGCAGCAAGAAAGAAGCCCACCUGAGGCAAGCUGUAAUCGACACCAGCUUGGAACAGCCCCCAUCUUACACAACCAAGCACCGAAGGAGCUCUGUAUGCCGCAUGAGCAGCAAGGAGAAGAUCUCUGUCCAGGACCAAUCAAAAGAACGCAAGACUUUAGGGACCAUCGCUGUCGGCGAGGAGGAGACCAGUUCAGCCUCAGAAGGAGAGGAAGCUCCUGAAACCAAUGAGGUGAAGACCACUCCCGUGACAGAUACCAGUGCAGUGAAUGGAGUCUCUGUGACCCCCAUUUCUCCUUUGUCCCCCAGUCCCACAGGGCAGAAGUUCUCUGGAGGCUCCAGCCGCACCAUGGAACCAGAGGAUGCAGCAGCCCCUGCCAUCUGGAGGCAGAGCCUACGAAAGACAAGCAGUUUUGGGGUGUUGCAAGAUGCCAAGCUGGAGGAUGGGGCUGCCAAGGAAGGCAGCGGCAUCAAGCGCUCGGCAUCAAGUCCCCGGCUUGAUACAGAGGAAAAGCAAGACAUCCGGGAGCUCUUACAGAAGUGGAACAAGAACCCCAUUGGCCCAGGGUUAGCCCAUAGGAGUGCCGCUUCCGAGUCAGCCAGUGACCCGAGCAAAGAACCACGCCUGGCUCGGGUAACCCCAACCCCCACUCGGCGGAUAUUUGCCCUUCCAGACACAGAACCCCACAGAGAUCCCCGGAGAGCAAACUUAGAAGGUGGCCUUCAGAUGAAGAUAGAUACAGCCCUUGUCCCACACCAGUCCCUCUCUUCCACUGCCAUCAGCUCUGGCAUGGAUCCCCAGGAUCGCCGAAGAUCAUACCAGACGCCGGUGCGAGAUGAAGAGUCGGAAUCCCAGAGGAAGGCCCGUUCCAGACUCAUGAGGCAGUCUAGACGCUCCACGCAGGGUGUUACCCUCACAGAUCUAAAAGAGGCGGAGAAGACCAUGGGCCGGACCGGGGAUUCCAAAACCGUGUCAGAACAGCGAAGCAAAGAGGAUGAGAAGCAUGACAAAGAUGGAGAGCAGCAUGGCCAGGAGACUAUGGUAGAGGCUGGGGACUCUUCUAGAAGAUUUCGGCUCUCCAGUUCAGACAGUGCUUCAGUUUAUACUGUGAAUCCAUUAGUGGUGAAUUCGCAGCCCAGAAGGGGCUCCGAAGCUGAUGAGACCAGCUCAGAGGCAGAUUCAGACCUCCGGAACAGAUUGGCUAUUCGGGACCGCAGGAAAGGCCGUCGAGAGAGACGCAUCACCGGAUUGGGCGGAAACUCAGAGGGUGAAGAUGAUGAAGAUGCUGAGCAAGUCAACAAUGAAGAUCCCUCUGGACAUGGCAGUGAGCACCUAAAUAACCUCCUACCAAACCGGACAGCUCCCUACAGCUGCCAGAGACGGAACAGCGCUUCAUCGGGUUGCAAAGAGGAACCCGAUCACUAUUACAAGAAAUUGUAUGAAGAUCUCUCGAUAGAGAAUGAAAAACUAAAGGAACAACUACAAGAAGCACAGCUGCAGCUGACGCAAAUCAAGCUGGAGCUAGAAAGAGUGACUCAGAGGCAAGAGCGUUUUGCUGAGCGGCCAGCUCUCCUUGAGCUAGAGAGAUUUGAACGUCGAGCUUUGGAGAGGAAAGCCGCAGAGCUAGAGGAAGAGUUGAAGGCUCUUUCAGAUUUGAAGGCCGACAACCAACGUCUCAAAGACGAAAAUGCCGCUCUUAUCCGCGUUAUCAGCAAACUCUCCAAGUGACCACUGCUGCCAUGGCCCCUUGAUGAAGUGGGGCCUAAUUCUGCGCUUUCCUUCUUGCGCACCAGAUCCUCAGUGGGGACAGGAGAAAUACAUGAGGAGAGGGGCAGCCAAGUUUGUAUCGCCACCAAAAACACUCCAGAUUUGGGCUCUUCCAAGCAUCAGCCAAUCAGAAGCCCACCAACUAUGCUUUUCUACAGAGAAGGCCAAGUUUGUCAUCAGAAACAAUGUCUUGCACGUACCCUUUUUCUUUUCCCCCUUUUUCUUUUCUCUUUCCCACUUCAGAGACAGUAUUUAUUUUGUGGCUUCCUUACAGUGAUGUUAUUUGCUUGUUGCUUUUCCUUCAGUGAACAAAGGGAGUGAGGGUGAUAGGAGCCAUGCUUUUUGGAGGUUUGUAGAAGUGGCGUGGCCACAAUCCAGUUCAGCUUCUCUGGCAAUAGGGGAGGUGAAACAACAGCUUGGAAGCAAAAGGCCAGACUUUAGAAGCUGUGUGAAGAGUAGGGUUAAUGGGAAGCCUACUGUCUGGCCUAUAUGAUUUGCUCCCCAAUGGGAAAAGGGUCCUUAGGCUGCAGGCUUGAACCCAAGAGCAGCAUUGUCCCGGCACUGGUCAUCCCAUGGCAUGGGAGAGAGGUUGUCUGGACUCAGUCCAUGCAAGCUCUCACAGCAUGAUGAAGACUUAAUUAAUUGGUCAUUGCAUAAAAUGCUGCCAGAGGGCAGAUGACUCAAAGUUGUAGGGUGAAAGGUUGCAUUUAGUAAAUGACACUUGUAGCAGAGGGGAGCACAACCCAUAGCCUGUGGCUACAUCCCAUGUAGCCUUGAAAUCGAGUGGAACUCCAUCCACUUUUCUCUGUAGCGUAACAAUUAAUUGGGCUGCAAGGAUAGUGGUGGUAGAAGUGCCGUUCUCUAGCUCCCCAAUUCGCUCUCUUCAUGCUACUUGUAGCACUGCAUAGACCAUGAACUUGGUAGAAUAUUGCUAGAGGAUGGGAAUGUUCCAAGAUGUGUUUAGGAGAAUGUAAGCUUUUGUGUAGAGAUCGGUGUGUGUAUGUGGCUCCAAGCUGUUACCACAUGCAGAAGACAAGAAAGAUUGUGCAGCCCUGUUGUAGAGAGCCAGGCAACUGGUCUGUGACCUGGAAAACCUAAGCAAGCAGCUUAGAACAGGUCGAUAGGGUGGGUGGGGAAAUGUGAUUGUAUGAGGCAUUGUAGCCACAGCCUGUUUGAGGCCUUGUACGGUUUAAUCAGAGGGAGAAUCAAGUUGACUGUUAUUUUAUUUUUUAAAUGGUGUGUGUGAUUGUCUGCCUUUCGGUUGUCUCGAACCAAAGGGACGGGGGAGCGCUGAGAGGGCAUUAAAUAGCAGACGGGAUAGUAUUAAUUGCUGAGAAGAGUGUGAAGUGCCAUAGUUGUGGUGAAGGGAGACAGAACCAGGGGUAUGGUUACAGUUGCUCCUUUCCCUUGGGCAAUUGACUUUGACUCCUGUCCUUUUUCCACAACCUUGUUUUGUUUAAAUGUGAGUUUGGCCCUCAAUUGUCCAGCGUUAGGCCAGACUCCAGAGGCCGUUUGUACUCCUUCCUUACCGGAAUCAGGUCUAAGGCCAAGCCCAAAAGAAGUGUCCCCUUUUCUCUUUAUACCUUCUGGACACUACCCAGUCCAGCUGCAAGGUGGUCCAAAUGUUUAUAACCCUGGUGUCUGGCAUGGAUAACAGAGGCCAAAUCCAGCGUCCACAUUUGACAUUGCCCUAAUUGCCAACCUUUGACUCCCCGCUCCUCUUCCUCCAGAAGCUCUGCUUCCUUGACUCCUCCCUGGACUCCGCUGCUGCUUUCCUAGAGGCUGUGCGGGGUUCUACAUGUCUCUCCCGCAUUCUUCUUCCUGCACGCACACAAUCAAAUAUUUUCAACGUUAUAACUGAGGGCUAGAAGUACUUCCAAGUGAAACUGAGGGCUAGAAGUAAUUCCAAGAGAAACGGGUCCAAAGUACUACCCUGAAAAUCCUGUGUGUGUGUAUGUGUGUGUUUUUCCUGCGCUAUCAUGAGCCAAGAUUCCUCUGCCAAAAUAAAUAAUCCAUUCCUUUUUGCCAUGCCCACCCUUUUAUUCCCAUUCCCCUUCCUUCCCCUCCACCUGCCUUGGUCCAUGAAUUCCCCUCCCCAAACAUAUCUGUACAUAACAGAAGUAUUUUCUAUAUGGCUGCAUCGCCAACAAAAACAAGAAGAAGAAAUGCAGAAAAACCUAAAUGUGCAAUAUCGCAUGAGUAUUUUUUUUCCAAAGAAGUCUCUAUAUUGUACUUGUUUAUUCAGCAGCUCAGCUGCAUUUGUUUUAAAGGACAGGGAAAUGAAAGUUACCGUGUUUGACUAUAAUUAAAAAUGAUGAAAAAUUG